CACACCCCUUUGGGUUCGGCUUUACAUCCUGCAGUUCAGGAUGUUUAAUAACGUGUUGAGGAAAUACCUGUUCAAUAGCUUUGGAACUUCUCCGAAAUGCUGGCUUCCAGAAUGGCUGGGACGACGCGUGUGCUCGUUUUAAUCGCGCUCUUGUUUGCACUGACAGACUCACAGAAAAAUCCAGAGACACCCACGCCAGCCUCUGACUCGACCAUUAACCCUAAUACCACCACAGCAUUAACAACAAAGGACCCCACUACAGGCUUUACAAAUGGGUCUGCAACCCCCACAGACACAACAAAGAGUGGUACCACGAUAACCGCCAACCAGUCCCUGCCAGUAACAGCCGAAUCCCCAGAAAAUUCCACCAACACCACUUCUGGAGUUCAAACAGCAUUACCAGACAAAUCCAGCACAACCUCGAAUUCAUCCACAGCUUCUCCAUCAGCCUCCACCCCAUUGAGACCAGACUCCUCCACCGUGUCUGUGAAUAACCACACCAGCCGUCCUGUCAAUGAGACUGGCAGUGUCCCCCUGAACACAACCACUGUCUCAGUGCAGACCCCUUUCCCCACAUCAAAUUCCACCAAUGAGACUGACAGUACUGACCUAACACCUCUGGGUUCCAUCAAAGACCUGCCCAGGAGACCGGGCCUGGUGGCUGUGCUGUGUAUCUUUGCUAUUGUGCUCAUCCUGGUCAUUGUGGUUGUCAUAGUGAAGGCCUGCAAUGCUGGGAAACCAGAGUUCAAGAGACUGGAGGACAUGCCCAUGAAUCGUGUAAACGAAGAGUCUCCGUUUGCUCAGUACCCACCCAAGUGAUAUUCAAGAAGAUUCUUUGAAUUGUAUUCAAUUAUAUGAACGAUGUGGUGUUGGGUUAGGGUUAGGGUUGUUUUAAUUGUAUAUAAAACAUGUUUAUGAAAUCUCCUUGGGCCAAUAUCAAGAUUUUUGCUAAUUGUUCAAGCUGUUUAGCACUGUCUCCUCUGUGUCUGUAUGAAUUUCAGAUUUUUAAGUAAGUAAAACUUGCCACAUCACUCCUAGUUUAAUCAGGCCGGGUUUAUAUCUUCCUGUACAUUUUACCUUUAUUUUGGUAUAAAACAUGUCUGUGUUCAAUUAAGGUGGAUGGGAGCUUUAAUUUAGUUAUUCUUAAUGUUAUCUUAUUUAUUACUAAUGUCAAGAUUUCUUCAAUUAGUCUGUGUUUUCAUUUCCUUAUUACUUAUUUAGUUUGAACCCAUCCUCACAGGGUUUUUAAAUAUACAAAACAAAUAACAAAUACGCGGUGCUUUUAUCUGCGCCGCAAACAAAAAUAUAAAUAAUAAUAAAUAAAUACAUAAGGACGGGACACUCCACCACAGGCACUAACAAUUAUACAAUUUGAAGAAUAAAGCUGCAAGCGUGUGGAAGUUUGUGUGCUGGGUGGGCAUGCAAGCAACAUUAAGGCUUUCAAACCACUGCACAUUCGAAACGGCACCUUGCUGCUCACAUAAGUUGUGCAGUGUACAGCACGCACCAAUAAGUGUUGGCAUAAAUUUCUCUUUAGCAAACAACUCCAGCGUGCUUUUAGCAUCCUGUGAAGCUGUAUCAUUAAAAUGCACUUCUUCAGCAUUGAGAUGGCCAUUGUCUGUGAAAGGUUUCAUCAGCCAGGGCAGUAGUGGGAAAGCAGUAGCCUUAUUAAAUGUAUUGGAACAUCUACACCAUUUAUUUGUCUCUCUGGGGGAAAAGCUGUCCUUGCAAACCUUUCUGAAACAAUGGCAAGUUCCCAAAAAUGUGUGCAUCGUGUACUUUUCCAGGGAACCCAGUGAACAUGUCCCAAAAACUGUACUUGUUGUCCACAACUGCCUGCAUGCCACAAAGUCAUUGCCAACAUCACUGGCCCUGAGACUGUGGUAACCAAGUCAUCAGAAGUUUCAUUGCUGACGCAAAAGUUUUCCAACCAUUGUUACAACUAAACGUUUUCUUACCACAGUGCCCCAAAAUGCUGAUUUUCUUGUUUGUGUCCACAUUCUGCGAUCACAUCUGGCACUACUGUAACUCAAAGUAGUUUCCAAAGUUCAAUAAAAUUGCAUGUCUUUAAAACAAA